AUGGAGCAAGGUGUGCUUAUAAAGGAUGGGGACGGGGGGUUCUUCAAGACAGUUUCAAUCCACAAUACGUUCCUAGCUGAUAACAAUAAAUCUAAGCACUGCUAUGCACCGCAGCAACUAAGUAAUUAUGGCGAAAAGUAUGGGAGCUCGACCAUUAACACCCUCAAGGUCUAUACCGCUAAGCAGGAGGAAUGGAAAAACUGGUUCAUAGAGAAAAAAAUUCAGGAUGGAUACACUGUAUCGGACGAAAAACUCAGUUUCUUCUUGAUGGAGUAUGUGUCCAAUCGCGGCAACAAAUGUCGCAAGAAUGAUGAUGAUACAUCUGUUCCUUUAGGACUUGAGUCAGUCAAAGGAUUUGAGGCUAUGACCGCUGCUAUGAUGUCCUCCAGAGCUGCAAAUGCACCAGAUAUCCGUAAACUCCAAGACAAGAUGUCCGAAUUUCUUGCAAUGGGUAGCAACCUUUUCUCCUCCAACUCAACUACCGCAACCACCGCAGCCACCUCUUCAGCUCUCCUUUCUACAAUAACAACAGCAGCACACAUCCAGCUAGAAAAAAUUCAUAUAAGCACUUCUAUUUUAUACCGUAUUUUCUAA